AUGGAUUUCACGUCGAUGACAUUAACGGAUACAACAGCAACGUCUCCAGUACCUUCGGGGACAGCGUCGAGCAGUGUGAAUCCAGUAAAGACAAGUUCAACUGAUUUCUAUUUGCCCGAUGAUAAUGUCAGUUCGUUGACCGAACAGUUAUAUGGACAUCAUUUGCAACCGUGCUCCCAGCAGCACCAACAGCAACAGCACCAUCCACGCAGGGGCUCGAGUUCGCAUUCCAACCUGAAUGCGGUGGUGGCACCUCAGAAUAUGGCGAAGCUGAGAAGGGAUUCUAUUGCUCACUCACAGGGAAUGGGUGGUGUUUCUUGGGGGUCGUUAAGCAUAGGUUCAUGGUUAAGGGACGAAGUGAUGUUCCACACAAAUUCCAAAAACUCAAGAAGUAAUAGUAUCUCAAGGCAUGGAUCGAUCAAUUUGCAAUCGACCAAUGCUAUUCCAACAGGCACUUCUAGAAGGCCGUCACACUACCGGGCCUCUGCUUCGCCACCAUCAGCUUACAAUUCUUAUCUACCAAAUUUAGAGAAACAGUAUUGCAAAGAUUACUCUUGCUGUGGGUUGUCACUGCCGGGACUUCAUGAUCUUUUGAGACAUUAUGAAGAAGCACACAUUGCAACGUCACCGGGCUCUUCAACGGCCAAUAUAUUACAAAAUAAUUCGAAUGCAAAUCUCAGUACCCAAAGAAGGAAAGCUUAUCAGAAUUCCAGUCAAUUGGGGAUACCGAAGCAGAAUCAACAACACCAACAACAACAGAAGUCAAGCCAUCAAAAUAUUAUACAGCAACAGCUUCACCAACGGGGUCCUCAACAACACACCCCCCCGUCGUCACAGCAACCACAGCAGCAUUCGUCAAGGAUUGCUACUUCACCGUCUACUAUUGGAACUACUCAUACCAAUAUCAACAUAACUUCAACAGGGCAUAAUUCGACCAACGCAACAACAACAACGUCAACAAAUCCAAACAGUUCAUUAUCCCAAGCUCCUCAAUUGCAUUUAAAUGGUAAUUUAGUUGAUGCAGUAUCAACUAACGAUGUUUUCCUUCAAGCAACUAAUACAGCCCAGCUAUCGAGUAUUAGUAGGCGGCAUGAUGAAUCCCAGAAUAGUAUGCCUCAACAUUCUUACCAAAAUAAUGGCAAAAUUCCAAUAACUCCGCAACACUCAUUCAAUACCUACUCCUUGAACAUGCCAUCUACUAAGAGCAGCCAAAACCAUCACAGUAAAAUGAAUAAUGUCACCGCUCACAACCAAAUGAGUGGUUCAAAUGGCAAUCAAAGUAAGACAUUGAAGUUUCCAACUAAUGUUACAAAUAAUGGAAUGGAAUUCGAUUUUAUGCAUGAAGAUUUCGCUGGUAGUGAUUUUGAUGAUAACACACCAGCAUUUAUGAGAAUGGGAAGUACAACCAUAAGCCAUCCCCAUCAUAAUCCACUGAUAGGAAGCAAUUCUAAGAACUCAAUGAUGAGCAGAGUUCAUCAACCCACUCCUCCUCCCAGUAGCACCAUAGGUGUGGUUGCGCCACAUAUCAUGCACGAUGAAGAUGAAGAUGAGGACGAUGAAGAAGAUGAAGAAGAUGAGGACGAUGACCUAAGCGCAGGUGCAUCUAACUUAUCGCAAGCGAAAAACUCUGAUAACAACAUAAAUAGACAAGAGGGCUAUAUUCAUGAUCCUGCAAGAAGGUUGUAUGUGAUGGAUCACGAAGAGCAUAAACCUUUCAAAUGUCCAGUCAUCGGCUGUGACAAAACGUAUAAGAAUCAAAAUGGCUUAAAGUAUCAUAAACUCCACGGCCAUCAAAAUCAAAAGCUGCAUGAAAAUUCUGAUGGCACGUUUAGCAUAAUAGACCCCGAGUCAAAUGAGCCGUAUCCAGACGGCAUGGGCUACGAAAAGGACAAACCAUACCGCUGCGAAGUCUGCGGGAAGCGCUACAAGAAUUUAAAUGGCUUAAAGUAUCAUAGGGGCCAUUCAACCCAUUGA